CAGUGUUCCUGAUUAGGCACCGCUUGGCAUGCCAGAGAAACGUCACAGCUUAAGCACCUGGGACGAAUCUGGCAGGGAGAUGGAUCUGACACUACACGUUUACAGCUCUGUUUUGCAGGCACUCUCCCUUUUCUCAGCCAGUGCACUGCUGACUGGAAUAACUUCCCCUUCAGCAACAUGUGCUGAGCGGUGGAGAAAGAUUUGAGAGGUGUUUUUCCUGGGUUUGAUUUCUGGGAGGGGGAAGAGGUGAAGUUAUUUUUGGAAAGGAGGGGGAAAUAACAAAAGUUUAAAGAGAGUUUCCCAGCAGGUUCCAAAAGAGAGAGCUCCGUGUCCUGAAGGAGAAGCAUUUCCUUGCGAGAUUGCUGUAAUACUUUGGAGUAAAAUGCCCCAUGCACGUCCCAGGACCCAAAGUCCAAUCCCAGAGGUGACAUGGGACUCUGGGCUCAAGGAGAUGAAUGAGACCUGGAAGGGAGCGAUUGCCUGCCUAGGAGUAGCCGUCUUCUUCGUGAUGACCAUUGGGAUUAUCUACUGGCAAGUGGUGGACCAGCCAAACAAGAACUGGAUCCUGAGAGGGAGCAUCAGUGGUCUCGUCUGGGAGCGGAGGUCUCCCUCCCUCAUCCUGCAGACGCUGAGCGAGGAGAAGACCCUGGUGGAGAUCACGGUGGGCAACUUCCCAGACAUGGAGCAGCCCUUUGUGAAGAACUUGUGCUGGCUGAACAAGACUGAGUUCUGCUAUACCUGGGAUGCGAUGGCGGAUUUGGCCAUCUCCCUCGAACCUGGGCCCUCCAUCAGCACAGAGUGCUACAGCAUCAGCUGGACUCCUCUACGCUGCAAGGUGACACUAAAGGAUUGUUUUUCAAUGACUAAUGUCUCCUGGUACGGAGGAGCAAGCAUCAAAGCCCAACGCUGGCCUUUGAACACUGUGAAUACAAAGUCCCAGUCAUUUGUUAUCAGCAACCUUCCCCAAAAUCCCUCUGGCUAUGGACCUGUCUUAGAAAAAUAUUUUUUGGGAUCAACAGGGGUGACAGUGACAGUUGCACCAGACAUCCCCAUCUCCCUCUCAGUGGAGAGCAACAAGCACUUCUGUCUUGAGAGCCCUUCCAGUAUAGAUAUGGUCCCCCUACAGUACAUGGUGUGCAUCAGUCCAAACCUCACGUCUGCCCACCAAGAAGUGGGGAGCCAGCUCUCAGAGCAGGAGAGGAGGCUGCCAAACACUGACAUACUAGGGUUUCCAGUCUGGAGGCAUUUCAAAGCAGCGGAUUCUGCUGCUAAAACUGAGCGAGGAUUAAGGUCUUUCUACAACAGGCUGAAAAGACAUAAUCUCGGGGAUGGACUAAUUGCACUCAGCGAACAUUCCACAAUGUUACUUUCCGGUGAGGACCAGAUGCACUUGCCCAUGGCUAGCAGGAAGAUGCGUGCUCUGAGACACACCAGAGACCUCUCAUUAAUUACAUCUCUGAAGUUUUCCAUAACUCUGACUCCCUAUACAAGCAUUAACUCCCAGCUAUUUCUGAUGUCUCUGCAAGAGGGCAAAGAAAAUUACUGGCUGAGCCUCCAGUCAAAAUUCGACAGCCAUGCGACUCCUCUGCUUAUCAAGUGGAAAGGGCAGUUUUCCGUUCAGCUGAAUGUGACCAAUGAUGCUGCAAGAAGCUGGUACCUGGAUAGGGUGAGCCUCUUGUGGCAGAGACUGGGAGCACAGUACAUAACGUUUGAAGGUGCAGAAGGAAACACCUUUACGGAGCAGGCAAUCCAGCCGCCCAGCGACUUGGAAGGGGAUAAAUACAUCAGCAUUUUUGCACUAAUGGCAGCUACGCUGGGAAAUUCGACAAUAAUCAGUGCUGGCACAAGAUCUAAUCAUCUGCCACUCUUCAUUCAAAUGACUCCUCUCCAGUCGGACUGGAGCUAUGCUGGUUUGAAGGGAAUUAUACCAUCUGUGCUUCACUACAGUCUUCUUGGCUACAACUUUUUCAUUCCGGAUGCAGUAGGAGGGACCCUGGCAAAUGAGUUUCUGACUGAAGAGGAGCUGUAUAUACGCUGGCUACAGAUUGUGACAUUUCUUCCAGUGAUGUCCUUCAGCACACCGCCAUGGGUCUGCUGUGACGACUGGGUCCUGAAUCUCACUAGGCAAUACAUACGGAGGCAUCAAGAUUUUGUUGUGCCCCUCAUUAUAAAAUUCAGCAAGGAAUGGCUCUCGUGGGGGUAUCCCAUCUUCCGGCCACUGUGGUGGGUCAGUCCCAAUGACCCAGUCACCUUCACUGUAGAUGACGAAUUCCUCAUUGGAGACGAGGUACUGAUUGCCCCAAUAACAGAACCAGGGUGCGUUCAGAGAGACAUCUACCUGCCUGGGGAAGGCCACACGUGGAUGGACACCAACACCGCCCAGGUGUUCGAUGGAGGAACUUUCAUCAGGAACUACUCAGUCAGUCUUACGGAGGUGCCGGUUUUUGUAAAAGCCUCCUAGAUUCAGUCUGUCCCAGCUCUUAAGAGUCACCUACUUCCCAGAUGAGUGAUGCUGACAAGACAAACUCCCUUCCAUUUCAGACAUUUGCACUUUUCCAGGAACUCUUUUUUCCCCCCCAUACAAGUGUUUCAGUCUUUUACUGUGAUUUGUUACCAUUCUGAAAUAGUGAAUUACUGCAGGAGCUUGGGUACAAGAAGUACACCCAUGUGCCCAGGAGAACAUCUACUGAGGUCUGUCAGGUUCAUCUGGCCCAAUCCUGGUUAUCUACCAGGAAAGUCUCAGAUAAACUUUUUGCCCCUUCUUUUUCCUUCUCUCCCGCUGCCCAUGCCCUCUCUGUACUAUUUAUUUGAAAACUGGAUCCCUUAAACUCCAUUCAUCUGAAGAAGUGGGUUGUGCCCACGAAAGCUCAUGAUACCAUCUACGUUUUUUUAGUCUCUAAGGUUCUGCAAGACUAUUAGAUGUUUUUUAAGUUUUUCUGAUAAACUAGUAGUGAAAGAGAGACUCCCUCAAAGUCACAGACUAAUGAGAAAAACAGAUGGAUUCAAUGUCUGCUAAAAAUAUUCCUCUCUUUGGGGGGAAAUAUCAUUAAAGCAAAGAGGAAGCCCUAACAGAGCCAGGUCUGGACAGACAGCAGGACUAGCUGCCUUGAAAAGAAACAGUCUUGGCUGACCAGAUCUAGCUGUCUGCAGGAGCCAGUGAAACACAAUUGCAUCAUUACCUGCCUCUACAGACCGCAACUUAUAGUCUGGGAAAAUUGCAACAUCCAGGGCUGGAUUUGGUGUCAAUGUUUUUGUCUAGGAAAAAGUCAGUUCUCAUUAGACAAAACUUGCAGAAAGAAGAGGGCAAGGAAAGCUGUUCUGUGAUGGGGCUGUAGGUCACAUAUGUCAGACGUCUUCUCCAUUCCUGAUGGAUGAUUAUUUGGAUUAUUUGCAUUGUGUGGUUUUAGAGACUAUCCUGUCUGCUGCUUUUUGCCCUGGCUUUCUCAUCUCAGAGUGCCUCCUCCCAUGGAUUGGGCACAUCCUCAAACUGACAUCAGCUUUUGUUUAUUUUUGGAAAUAAGCAGCCUCUUUGAAACCUGUGGAUCUGAGUAUUAUAAAGCAGCUGAGACUCACUAUGUGGAGGGCGUUUUUAGGAUGACAGCACUUAUGACAUUCAAAAGGUUCUAGGAGGCUACAAAGACAAGAUUAUGUUCUGUGCCUUAAGGUGCACAUCAGUUCUUAGCAGCUGCAGAGACUGGACGUACAUGGUGUUAGCCUAGCUGGAGGGAAGGAUCAGCUUCCAAAUGAAUUCAAAUGACCUUAUCAAGGGGAGCAUAUGUAUCGAGGGGGGGG